AUGCCGGCUCCAAAUGCAGAAAGUUUUAAAAGAGCAUGGCCUCGAUGCUUCGUAAUAUUUCUUGGUAUUGUCGAAGUUAUAGCUACUAUUGUUCUUAUACUUACUGAAUUGGGUAAUGUUGCAGCAAAUUUUUGGACAACAAAUGUAUUUGCCGGAGGUUGGUGUGGUCUUAUAAUGAUUGUACACUUUUUUGGAAUAUUUGUUGCUGGAUGUUGUGCACCAGGUCCACCAGCUGCUUUUCGUGCAACUGUAAUAAGCGUAAUAGCUAUUGUUGCCUGUGGUGCAUUGAUUGGAUUUGAUGCUUAUUUCCUUGCCCAACCUACAGCAUGUAUAUUAACAUCGUCAUGCGCUUCUAAUGCUGUAGUACCAAUAGCGUUAGCUAAUUCAUUUCGAACAAGCUUUUUUACAGCAUUCAAUAGUCUUAGUGCAUUUUCAAGUUACAGUGAAUCACAAGCAAAAUAUCUCUUUCGAGCAAUUCAAAUAAGUGUUGGUUGUUUAUGUUUCGUGCUUUGUAUUAUUUAUUUGAUUAUUUAUUAUGUCGUAAAAAGCAAAGCUGCAAGAGAUGUAGUACCUUCUGGACCUGAUCCAACUCCUCGUGCUCCACAACCAGGAUACAAUUAUAAUCAACCACAACGUGGACCUCAACCACCACCAGGUCACGUUCAAUUGAAUCCCAACAAAAGAUACUGA